UCACGCCCCCUCUCCUGUUAGCGAGCGCGCGGACACACCCAGCGCACACUCGCAGAGGACCCGCUCCCCCUCGAACUUUGGCCGGUUUAUCCCGGGACCCCUCCGCAGCCGGCCAGGUAGUACCGGCCGCUGUACCUGGGACACCGUCAUGGCCGCCGCCAGCAGCCUCCGCGUCCUGCUCGGCCUCCUGCUCUUCUCAGGGUUCUGCUCCGGGAUCCAAGUGACUGUUCAGAACCCGUUCAACGUCGUCAUCUUGUUCCAGCCGAUCACGUUGAAGUGCAGCUAUCAGACGACGUCGCUGCAGCCGCCUAUCGUCGUGUGGAAGUACAAGUCGUUCUGCCGGGAUCGCAUCACCGACGCCUUCAGCGCCAACAGCCAAGACGCUCAGAUCAACUCCCAGCUGCAGCAGGCCAACCCCGGCUACAACCCGUACGUGGAGUGCCAGGACAGCGUCCGCACCGUCAGGAUCGUGGCCACAAAACAGGGCAACACGGUCACGCUGGGAGACUUCUACCAGGGCCGGCGGAUCACCAUCUCCAACUUGGCCGACCUCACCAUCGAGCAGACGGCGUGGGGCGACGGCGGGGUCUAUUACUGCUCCGUCCAAUCGUCUCAGGACCUUAGCGGGAACAACGAGGGUUACGCAGAGCUUUUGGUGCUGGGUAAGACUUCAGUGGUGUCUGAGCUAUUACCAGACUUUCAUAUAAGGGACAUGGAAGACUGGCUGUUUGUGGUUCUUGUUGUCCUUGGCGGAUUCCUCUUUUUCCUCCUCAUCGGUAUCUGUUGGUGCCAGUGCUGCCCACACACCUGCUGCUGCUACGUGCGAUGCCCGUGCUGUCCGGAGAAAUGCUGCUGCCCUCGUGCCUUGUAUGAAGCGGGAAAGGCAGCGACCAUGGGCGUCCCGAGCGUCUACGCCCCCAGCGUGUACGCGCCCUCCGUUUACUCCCACCCCAGCCAGAUGAAGGUCCCUCCGCCGGGCUCUGUCAUCCAGAUGGGUCCGGUGCCCCCCAUGUACAAUGGCUACGGGGUGGAGUAUGAUGCCGCCAGCUCGGUGGGGGGCCACAGUUCCCAAGCUCCGCUUCUCCGAGAGAAUGAUGUAGCCAACUCAGUCCGGAGUGGUUAUCGGAUUCAGGCCAACCAGCAGGACGAUUCCAUGAGGGUUCUUUAUUACAUGGAAAAGGAGCUGGCGAACUUUGACCCCACGAGACCUGGAGAUCCGAAUACCAGAUUCGAACAAGCGUCUGCAAUGAGCGAGAUCAGCUCCUUACACGAGACGGAUCCCAGAAAUAACCUGAGGAACGGCUUAAGUCACCUGCGGAAUCAGGCCAUGACCCCGAUACGGGACGUGGAGGAGGAGAGCCUUUUAGGGAGCGACUUCAGGCGUGCGCCACCACCGAGGAGGGAUCCUUACCGGGACGAUCGAUUCCAUGAUGGUCCGAUCAUGGAUAGGCGUGCUCGUGCCCACUCCAUGGACGACUUGGAUGACUUUAAUAGACGCGAUCGGCACCAAUACCGUGACCCGCCGCCCGACAACCGCGGUAGGGAAAGGAGAAGCUCAGACGAUGACCAUAGCAGCAGAGGGUAUAGCAGAAGCCGCGGCGACCGUUCACCUGAGCUACGGAGCGACUACUACCAAGGGAGAAGAAGCCGGAGCAGGGAUGACCUGCGCGAUUAUGGCCGCCCCCGUCACGAGCCGGAGUACGACGAUCGAUUCUUAGAAGAUGUUUUGAAGAAGAAGCAACAACGAGCGGGAAGUAGAGAUGGUCUGGAGAGCAGCGGGAAUUCUGCGCGGCCCGAUGCGAGACGGAACAGACGCGAUGAUGAUGAUGAUGACUUCCCGCCUCCUCCCCCUCCAUACACCGAGACGGAAUCGCUCUCUUCCAGAGGCAAAAAAAUGAAAAAGAGUGAAGCUUUGAGUCGGGACAGUUUGGUCGUUUGAAUUCAUGUGGAUUUUUUUUUUUUUUUUACACAUCCUGGAUAAAUGGCAGGAAUUUGUCUCUUUUGUAUAUUUUUUUUUUUAAUCAUGCUUGAAUUUUGGACUGUAAAUGAAAUAUUAAAAAACCCCCAAAAAACUAUAAGCAUUUCUAGGGUUAAUCACCAGUAAAUAGAGAGUGAAAUACUUUUUAUUUUAUUUUU